CCCAUUCAGUUCAGAAAAGACUACCCCCGUACUCCAGCCAUUUAGUUGAAUUGCGGUCUACGGUUGCGCGCGAGUUCAAAAACAAUUAACUCAUCAUCCGCCUGUCAAGAAGGCUUAUCGCCCGACCCUCGAAAAAUCAUAACAACACAGUUAACUCGCAUUUCACGCCUCAACGGCAUCGCUGACAGGCCCGAAAAUAAUUAAACUUCACUAUCAGCAACCGCUCUGUGGCCGUCUUUCGUCAUACAUAUAUGCUAUCGCGAAAAAUGUCGCUCAAGUUCUGCGCCAAUCUGAACUUCAUGUUCACGGAAACCGGCGACUUUCUGGAGCGCUACCGGCUAGCCAAGAAGGCCGGUUUCAGCGCAGUGGAAGGCGUCUACCCACCGGAGCACGUCGCCGUUGCCGAUUUGGUGAAAGUGCGAGACGAAACCGGUCUCGAGCAGAUACUGAUCAACAUUGCGUUAGGUGAUGUCCCCGAGGGCCAGUUCGGGUGCGCUGCCAUCCCCGGACAGGAAGCCAAUUUCAGGAAAAAUCUCGAGAAAACAGUAGAGUGCGCGAAAGCACUUCAUUGCAAGAAAAUCCACAUAAUGGCAGGGAAGCUGAGCGGUCCACCAACCGUCGAACAUGAUACAACGUACUUAAACAAUCUGAAGACUGCCGCAACAAUCCUUGAGGUGAACAACCUUUUGGGCGUCAUUGAGCCAAUCAAUAAAUACUCCGUGCCCGGAUACUACUUAUCAUGCUACGAGAAAGCCAUCAAAACCCUACAAGCGAUCAACAGCCCAAACCUGAAGCUUAUGUUUGACAUCUUCCAUGCCCAGCACAUUCGCGGUGACCUGACGAAAGCCAUACAAAGCUACGCGCCGCAUAUCGGACACGUCCAACUGGCGCAAGUACCCAACCGUAACGAGCCCAACACCGAAGGGGAGAUAAACUAUCCGUACGUACUGCGCACUUUGGAGUCCCAUGGUUACACCGAUUGGGUCGGCUGUGAGUACAAACCCAAGACCGGCACGGUUCAAGGUCUCGGCUGGCUACGCGACUUUGGCUACUGGAGCCAGUAGUGGUCGAUAAUAAGUUUUGCACGUGCACGUGAACUUGGCUUUCAGUUGUCCAGCGAAAAUAAACAAAAAGAAUUGUUAAUAUUUUAGUAAGGGAAAUACAAGUUUUAAAACGGGGAAAA